AUGAAAACCUUCUUAUUAUCACUAAAGGUGAGAGACACGGAAAAACUGUCAUGGUCUAAGGGGUUAUCAUCUUAUCUCAAAAGAUCGUAUGGAUCUUCGGCAUGGAACCAAUUCUUCGAUUCACAAUUGGCUGACGAAUUUGAUAGGUCUAGAAGUAAUGCAAAUGGAGAGCUGGCACCAGAGUCUUUGUUAGAACAGAAUUACAAAUAUUAUGCUUAUUUAGAGCAACUGUAUUUGCGACUUGGCAACAACUCAAACCAAUUGAGACUCGAUUUUACAUGGUACGAUGCAGAGUACUCAUCGCGUUCUGAAUCUCAAAAAUACACGCAGCACACUUUGGCAUUUGAGAAGUCGAGUACUAUUUACAACAUUGGCGUCUUGCUUACACAGGUGGCGUCAGAAAAACUAAACGGAGAUUAUAAAACUGCAACUAGUAAUUUAUCGAAGGCGUACGGCUGUUUUGAAUACCUCAGUGAGAACUUUUUAAAUUCGCCUUCGGUUGACUUGCAAGCAGAGAACACGAAGUUUCUCGCUGAUAUAUGUCACGCGCAAGCACAGGAACUUUUCCUUCUCAAGUUAAUCAAUGGCCCUGACGUUUCAAAACAUGCAUCACUUAUCAGCAAGUUGGCUGCAAUGACCUUUGUACUGUAUGAAAAAUGUGCAAAGUUUUAUGAAAGUGGGGAUGAGAGCGCGACCUCAUUGGUGCCUUACGGAGAAUUAAAAUGGAAAAGCAUAAUAACUUGUAAGCAGCAUCUUUACAAGAGUAUUUCCGCUCUCAACUACGGCAUAGCACUUGAACAACAAAGUAAGCCCGGUGAAGCGAUUGCCUUCUUGCAAAUUGCGAACGCUGCUAUUUUGUCUGCUCUUCCUCAUAAGCUUUAUGUGAAAGACGUGAUAGAUCUGGAGCAGAUAAAGACGAUGAUUGAAGACAAACUAAAGUCCUUAGUUAAAGACAAUGAUUUUAUUUACCAUGAGACUAUUCCCUCCGAUGUUAAGUUUGAGGCAAUUAAAACCAUGGAUGCUAUUAAAUCCCAAGAUAUCACGAAACAGACUGAGCGUUAUAUGGACAGCGUCAAUGAUUCCUGUAAUAUUCUGUUCAAGGGAAUUGUUCCCAUGGACGUUUAUGAAAAAGAAAGUAUUUACUCGGAGGAAAAAGCUAUAAUGUUGAGAAAAGAGUUAGACGUGGUAGAGACCGCGAAUUGGGAAUUUACCUCUUUUAUUGAAUUUACGAAUUUGCCAAAACUAGUAGAUGAUUUGAAAAUCAGAUAUAAGGAUGGGGUCAACGGAAGCCAAGGUGAAGAUCCCCAGUUGAGCAUGAUGAAAGAGCAAAUCGAUUCAUGGUCUACCAACGUUCGUCGGAGUCCUUAUAAAAAUGUCAAAGAACAGUUAAACAAGAUUGUCGAGAAAAGAAAUGAAAUUAUGGGCUUGCUCAAUUCUAUUCCCGAUGAUGACAAUAAUAAGGAUAACGUUUUGAAGUUAAAGUCAUCGCUAAUUGCGGCCUCUCAAUCUGACGAGAAGCUCUUUUCUUUUGUCAACCCCUAUCUUGAAGAAAUGAACUUGUUGGAUAAUCCUGAAUUACUUCAUAGAAACUGGGAACAACUUAUUUCAACGCCUGAGUCGCAACCAAGUUUGUUAGAUCUCGAUGAUUCAAAAAAUGAGGAAAUUAUGUCCAAGAUAAAGCAUGUCUCCGAGCAGUACGAGAAUCUACGUUUGUUGAAGGAAGAGCGUUCGAGAAAUGUUCAAGAUUUGAAAGAGGAAGUCAAUAAUGAUGAUAUCACUAAAACUUUGAUUGUCAACAGGGGAAAGCCAGAGAGUGCCCUCAAAGAAGUUUUUCAAACAGAGUUAGAUAAAUUCAAGCCACUCAGUACCAGAAUAGAAGCCACCGUCUUCAAGCAAACGAAUAUCAUAAAUGACAUAAAGCUUUCAUUGGAUGAUAUUUUUAAGAUGACUGAUGUCCAUGAAAAGUCUUCUGAAGGUGAAGCUAAGAAGAAUCAGAGAAACGCAUUUUAUCAAAAACUCAAUAAUGCUUUUACUAACUUCUCCAUUUUUUCUGGAGAUCUACCGAAGGGCCUGAAAUUCUAUGACUCUCUUCUUCAAAUGACCAGGGAUCUUGCUAAGUCAAGCUCAUCUUCGACACCCCGUAGUUCCGCGCAAGAGAAUCCAUUACCUCCUGUUUUACCUUCCCAGUCCAAUCCUUCUCAAAAUGUGAGCCUUGACGAAAGAUUCAGACAACUGAGUGUGGCAUCAAAUGUUUCACCAGGUUCAAGCUUCUCUGCACCUGGUGGAACGCCUCAGUUGCCUCCAAGAACGUAUGACGAUGGGAAUGGAAGCCUCAAUCCGUCAACAUCAAAUGGUCCACCGGUACCGCCUAAACAGCCUUCACAUGGUAUUGCUAGCUUAUUGUCAAAUCAGCAACAGAGACAAAGCGAGAACCAAGAGUUCGAACAAAAUCCCACGUCUUUUUACAACAAUCCAUCAGUUUUUAAUGAGAACAUGUACUCGAAUUUUGGUGGGUGA